AUAUUCAUCAAGAUGGCGGAGAGCACAGAUCUGGAGCAGCUGAUGAACUCUUUUAAGAAGUUUGCGAUCCACGGAGACACCAAGGCUACCGGGAAGGAGAUGAACGGGAAGAACUGGGCUAAACUGUGUAAGGACUGCAAGAUCAUCGACGGGAAGAAUGUCACCGGCACUGACGUGGAUAUCGUCUUCACGAAAGUCAAAGCGAAGACGUCCCGGGUGAUCACCUACGAGGAAUUCCAGAGAGCCCUGGAGGAGCUGGCCCCGAAGAGGUUUAAAGGUCAGAGCAAAGAGGAGGCCCUAACGUCUGUCUACAAACUGAUAGAGGGCAAGGAGCCCACCAACGUAGGAGUCACGAAAAUGGCGAAGACAGCCGCAGUGGACAGACUGACGGACACCACCAAGUACACAGGCUCCCACAAAGAGCGCUUCGACGAGAGCGGGAAGGGGAGGGGUAAGGGCGGGCGGGAGGAGCUGGUGGAGGAAACGGGAUACGUCGGCUCCUACAAGAACGCCGGAACCUACGAGGAGAAAACCAAGGCUAAGUAGACCACCGGGCCAGGCGGGGUGGUCAACCGUCCCAGUAGACCACCGGGCCAGGCGGUGUGGUCAACAGGUCCAGUAGACCACCGGGCCAGGCGGUGUGGUCAACAGGCCCAGUAGACCACCGGGCCAGGCGGUGUGGUCAACAGGUCCAGUAGACCACCGGGCCAGGCGGGGUGGUCAACAGGCCCAGUAGACCACCGGGCCAGGCGGGGUGGUCAACAGGCCCAGUAGACCACCGGGCCAGGCGGGGUGGUCAACAGGUCCAGUAGACCACCGGGCCAGGCGGGGUGGUCAACAGGUCCAGUAGACCACCGGGCCAGGCGGGGUGGUCAACAGGUCCAGUAGACCACCGGGCCAGGCGGUGUGGUCAACAGGCCCAGUAGACCACCGGGCCAGGCGGUGUGGUCAACAGGCCCAGUAGACCACCGGGCCAGGCGGGGUGGUCAACAGGCCCACAACAUGAGAUGUAUCCCAAAUUACAUCCUACUCUAUAUAGUGCACUACUUUGACCAGAGCGCCAUGGGUCCUGGUCUAAAGUAGUGCACUAUAUAGGGAAUAGGGUGCCAUAGGGCUCUGGUAUAAAGUAGUGCACUAUAUAGGGAAUAGAGUGCCAUUUGAGACGCUUCCAGGGUCACUAUCCCCUAAGCCCCCCCCCCCCUUACAGUCGGGACCAAACCCUGAACCCAGAACUCUGACCCCUAACCACAGGCUUAACCCCAGGCCCUGUCGACAGAGGCUGUCCUCUCUUAUCUUUGAUAUGUCCUGAGGGGGUGUGUGUGUGUUGUGAUCGGGGAUGAUGAGAGAGAGAACAUGCUUUUUACUCUUAUUAUAGCUAUGGAGGUUGUGAGGCGAUCUCCUUCAACAGAGAUAUGACCGAUAGACAGGUCGUGAGGCGAUCUCCUUCAACAGAGAUAUGACCGAUAGACAGGUCGUGAGGCGAUCUCCUUCAACAGAGAUAUGACCGAUAGACAGGUCGUGAGGCGAUCUCCUUCAAAAGAGAUAUGACCGAUAGACAGGUCGUGAGGCGAUCUCCUUCAACAGAGAUAUGACCGAUAGACAGGUCGUGAGGCGAUCUCCUUCAACAGAGAUAUGUCUGAUGUGUGUUUACAGAUGACUAGAUCAGAAUGUUCACUGUUCACUGUCAAACCUGGCCUGCCCUGAGACUGUACAUAGACCUGUGAUAUACCAUACCCUCACCUUGCUUUGAUUUUAAAUCUGCCCUGAGACUGUACAUAGACCUGUGAUAUACCAUACCCUCACCUUGCUUUGGUUUUAACAUGUUGAGUUGCACUGUGAAAUACUGAUGCGAGAGUUGUUGCCAUGGAAUUGAAUGAAACAUCCACUGUAAAAGGCAAACGUCAGCACCAAGACCGUGAUUGGUCAAAACACAUACUGGUCAAAUAAUCUGACAUGGUGCCGUGUUUCCAUUGGCUUCAAACCAUGAAUGUCCUCUUUGAAUCGAGUUCAUCUUUCUUACUGUAUAAUUCAUCUUUCUUACCGUAUAAUUCAUCUUUCUUACUGUAUAAUUCAUCUUUCUUACCGUAUAUUUCAUCUUUCUUACCGUAUAUUUCAUCUUUCUUACCGUAUAAUUCAUCUUUCUUACUGUAUAAUUCAUCUUUCUUACCGUAUAAUUCAUCUUUCUUACCGUAUAAUUCAUCUUUCUUACCGUACAUUUCAUCUUUCUUACCGUACAUUUCAUCUUUCUUACCGUAUAAUUCAUCUUUCUUACUGUAUAAUUCAUCUUUCUUACCGUACAUUUCAUCUUUCUUACCGUAUAAUUCAUCUUUCUUACUGUAUAAUUCAUCUUUCUUACAGUAUGUUUCAUCUCUCAAACUCAAUAGUUUCAGGGUUUCGUCUUUAAGACUAUCGUUUUAGAACUAGCUAGCUUUUUAUUCUGAGACUAUUUCUUUCAACGUUCGUUGCUUUUCAAAAAAUAAUUAAACAUUUAUUUUCUCUCUUUUGGUUAUUUUUGAUUUGUUUGUUUGUUUGUUUGUUUGUUUUGGUGUUGUAGAAACUGGACAACGGCUGCAUUGAAGGGGAAAUUGUUGUAUUAAAACAUGAGAAUAAAGUGUUUGUCUUUA